AUGCCAGCCCAGGCCUCAGACAAAUUCGCCACUUUUGGGGCUCCCUCUAGCGGCCUGAGGGUUGGAUUUGGGGGUGGGGAGGGCAAGGAAGAGGACCCUGGAGAGGACCUGGAACCUUGUACUGGAGUGUCCCCUCGAGGCCUGCAGUCCGAGCAGAAACCACCCCUGAAAUUCACCACCCCUUCUCAGCUUCCAUCCACGGCCUCUCCAGAAGCACAGGAGGCUAGAGCAGCCCCGGCCGAGGAGAACCCAAUGGAUGCGGGAGCCGAGAAAACGGGAGCUCCUGCCUCAUCCUACCGGAAAUCCUGGCUGGUGCGGCAUUUCUCACUGCUGCUGCGGAGAGACAGACAGGCCCAGAAGGCAGGUCAGCUCUUCUCGGGGCUCCUGGCCCUCAACGUGGUGUUCCUGGGUGGCGCCUUCAUCUGCAGCAUGAUUUUCAACAACGUGGCUGUCACACUGGCCGACGUGUGGAUCCUGCUGGCCGCACUGAAGGCCCUAUCCCUUCUCUGGUUCCUCUAUUAUGUCGCCCGCACCAUCCGCCACCCGCAUGCCAUGCUCUUCCGGGAUUCUCAUGCAGGAUCCAUCUGGAUGCGGGGCUCCCUGCUUCUCUUUGGCAGCUGCGCCAUCUGCCUGAACGUCUUCCGCGUGGGCUACGACGUGAGCCACAACCACUGCAAGUCGCAGAUGGAACUCAUCUUCCCUGUCAUCGAGAUCGUCUUCAUUGGCGCCCAGACCUGGGUGCUCUGGAAACACUGUAAGGACUGUGUUCAGGUCCAGACCAAUUUCACUAGGUGUGGCCUAAUGCUGGCUUUGGCCACAAACCUGCUGCUGUGGGUUCUGGCCGUCACCAACGACUCCAUGCACCGCGAGAUCAACGCUGAGCUCAGCGCCCUGGUGGAAAACUUCUCAGGCAAUGGCACCAGCACCUGCCUGUGCCUCAACGCCACCGUGUGCGAGGUCUUCCAGAAGGGCUACCUGAUGCUCUACCCCUUCAGCACCGAGUACUGCCUCAUCUGCUGUGCCAUGCUCUUUGUCAUGUGGAAGAAUGUGGGCCGCCGCCUGGCCCCCCACGGAGGCGCCCACCCCGGCACGCCUCCCUUCCACCUGCACGGGGUCAUCUUUGGGCCAUUGCUUGGUCUGCUGGCCCUGGUGGCAGGCAUGUGCGUCUUCGUGCUCUUCCAGAUCAAAGCAAGUGGCCCUGAUAUCGCACGCAAGUACUUCAUCCUCUACUAUGCCUUCUAUGUAGCCGUGUUGCCCGCCAUGAGCCUGGCAUGCCUGGCGGGCACAGCCAUCCACGGGCUGGAGGAGCGGGAGCUGGACACGCUCAAGAACCCCACCCGCAGCCUGGAUGUGGUGCUGCUCAUGGGCGCAGCGCUGGGCCAGAUGGGCAUCGCCUACUUUUCCAUCGUGGCCAUCGUGGCCACCCAACCGCAUGAGCUGCUCAACCGCCUCAUCCUGGCCUACUCGCUGCUGCUUAUCCUGCAGCACAUCACCCAGAACCUCUUCAUCAUCGAGGGGCUGCACCGGCGUCCGCUCUGGGAGACGGCUUCCAGGGGCCCAGCCGGGAAGCCGGAGGCCGAGCCGUCCCGCCGGGGCUCCCUGCUGGAGCUGGGCCAGGACCUGCGGCGGGCCUCGCUGGCCUACAUCCACUCCUACAGCCACCUCAACUGGAAGCGGCGGGCGCUCAAGGAAAUCUCACUCUUCCUCAUCCUCUGCAAUCUCACACUGUGGAUGAUGCCCGCAUUUGGCAUACACCCGGAGUUUGAGAACGGGCUGGAAAAGGACUUCUAUGGCUACCGGACGUGGUUCACCAUCGUCAACUUUGGUCUGCCUCUGGGGGUCUUCUACCGUAUGCAUUCUGUUGGGGGGCUGGUGGAGGUCUACUUGGAGGCCUGA